UUCUUUCUUUUUCCUUUUACUUCUCUUUUUGAAGCUAAGGAUCCUCGGGAUCUAUCUCAUCACCUCCAUCAUUCUUGAGUGCACAAGGCCGUGAUCCACUUCAAUUCCCGAGGAUCACUUUUAGUUGCUCUCAUUAAUUACCACUUUUUCUGUUCUCUUGUCCCCAUCCUGUUCAUUCCAUUGCUGUUUUUUGGUGCAAUUUCUGGAAGUAGCUCUUACAAAGACUUGGGUUAUAUAUAUUGAUUUAAAAGGAUUCUUAUCGAUAGAGAAAUAUCCCAUCAAGUUGUACCACGUACAAGAAAAGUUUGGUUAAUUUCAUAUACAACAGAUCUACGUACAGCGAUUCUACUUGGAGUUCUUAGGUGCAAGAUAUAUCAAGCUAAGUAGGUUUGAAAUGAACGCAUUUUCACAUGUUCCUCCUGGGUUUCGGUUCCAUCCGACGGAUGAAGAACUUGUUGAUUACUACCUGAGGAAAAAGAUAGCUUCGAAAAGGAUUGAUCUGGAUGUGAUAAAAGAUGUGGAUCUCUAUAAGAUUGAGCCAUGGGAUCUUCAAGAAAUAUGCAAAAUAGGAAGCGAGGAUGAAAAUGAAUGGUACUUCUUUAGCCAUAAAGAUAAGAAGUACCCAACAGGGACUCGCACCAAUAGAGCUACAAAGGCAGGAUUCUGGAAAGCCACGGGAAGAGACAAAGCCAUAUACUCAAGCUCAAGCCAUUGUCUCGUUGGUAUGAGAAAGACUCUUGUGUUCUACAAAGGACGAGCUCCCAAUGGCCUCAAAUCAAACUGGAUCAUGCACGAGUAUCGUCUUGACUCCAAUCAGGAAGAUGGCUGGGUUGUGUGCAGAGUCUUCAAGAAGCGGAUGCCCACCCUACGCAACGUGGUAGACUAUGAUGAUCAACUUCCCUUCAUGCAAGGAUCUCCAUCCACUCACUAUCCCUGCAAGCACGAGCUUCAUCAAUUCCAAUACAACACCCAUGAUGCUUUUCUCCAACUUCCACACCUUGAGAGCCCUAAUCAAGUUUUGAGUUGCGGCAGCCCCGUUAUUGCACCCUAUGCAUACGCCGAAAACAACAACAAUAAUGGAACUAGUAGUACUAGUGCUUUGCAGUCCUAUUCAUCUGAACGCAUUCAGCAACAACUUCACUUGCUUUAUGGUAGCAAUAUUGAGCAAGCAGUAGUGAUGGACCAAGUCACGGAUUGGAGAGUGCUUGACAAAUUUGUUGCUUCUCAACUCAUGAGUCAAGAUCAAGAUCAGGCUUCCAAGGAAACCUGCAGCGUGGCUGAUGAACAACAUGUUGCUACUACUGUGCUUCCAAAUGGAUCCACGAAGCAGGAAAUGGCGCCUCAGGAUGACUAUGUUUCAACGUCUGCCUCCAGUAACUGCGAUAUUCACCUGUGGAAUUGAAGUCAAUAUUAUUAUAUUAUAUAUAGUAACUAGAAUAUGCAUACUAAUUAUAUAUAGCAAUUAAGUACAGUUUUAGCUCUACUGGAAAAAAAAAAAAAAGAAAAA